AUGGACAACGUCUCAUCUUUGGAGUGCCUGAAAUUCGAUUCCGAGUUGGAGGUGCUCGCUAAGGACGACGGCAUGAAGAACCUUUUCUCACCAGCUAUGAUCCCCCUCAACUGCGAUAUGCCAAUAAUCGGGAGUAAGCCUGAAGAAUCAGAGGAUGAAGAAUCAGAAGAUGAAGAAUCAGAGAUUGAAGAAUCAGAAGAUGAAGAAUCAAAGGAUGAAGAAAUUGGGAGCAAGAUUGAAGAAUCAGAGUCUGAAGAUUCAGAGGAUGAAGAAAUAACAAAGGAAAAACUUAGGAGUUUUAUUGGUGAAUGUAAGUAUUGUUUACAUGUGGGUGAGCACAUUUCCCAACUAUGCCCUUAUAAGUACGAUGCCCCAAAGGACUCAACUCUUGGCGAAGGUUGUAUGGUUGUUUGUAGUAUUUGUUGCUGCCUCCUUAGAGACCCAUGUUGUGCUGAUUGUGAUCUAAGCAUAGGAUGUGCAGUUCUCAAGGAUUGUCCAAUCUGUAGGAAGCAAGGUGAACGUUGGACUUCUACGUGCUCAAAACGCGAGAGGAAACAUAUUCCUUCUGCUUUUACUUGCGACUUUGAUACUGGUUUUUUUUCUUCCAACUAA